AAAAACUACUAGUGAUAAUAUGAUCCAACCAUGAGAUCAACCUACAAAUCAACGGUCCGGAUAAAUCCCCAUCACAUUUAACGUCUUUUACUUCUGCAAUAAAUGCAAAUUUAACUGAAAUAUAGAAACUCAGACAAAGAUUUUGCAUAGCACCAUUCAUUCUCUCUCAUCUUCUUCCUCAUUCCUCCUCCAGUGGAGUCCCACACCAAGUGCGGAAAAUAUGCAUAACGCCCCUCCCCUACCACUAAUUCACUCCACCAUCAGCAGCUUGAAAUUUGAAGUGAUAGACGAUGAUUUCUCCAUAGACAACUUCCCAUCAUCUCUGCAACUGCAAGAUUUUCACCAGCUCGAUCAGUUGCCGCUGAUCAAAGCUUCUUCGUUCAAUACUGUUAUCGACACCGAUCCCUUUUUCCAUGGCUUCGAUUUUUACGAGGACGGUAAACCUUAUGAUGAUGAUGAUAGAAACGGGAUGGGGUGUGCAGCCAUGCAGGGUUUCCAUGGCGGCGGAUUCUUGAAUUUCGACGACAGUGGGAAAGAUCUGUUGAUGGAGUUGGAUGCGGCCUCGAUCAAUGAGGAUCCUAAGCCAUUGAGCAUUGUUGUUGCUGAUGAGAGCUCAUGCGUUACAGCUGAUUUUCACAAAGAAAAUGGCGUUAAAAGAGACAAAUAUGGUGCUAAUGACACGGCAUCAGCGUCGGCUAAAACUCCCAAGGCUAAGUCAGGCAAGGGGCAGUGGACUCCUGAAGAAGACAGAAUGUUGAUCCAUUUGGUGGAGAAAUAUGGAGAGAAAAAGUGGUCACGAAUCGCGCAAGUGGUGAAGGGGAGGAUCGGAAAGCAGUGCAGGGAGAGAUGGCAUAAUCAUCUCAGGCCUGACAUCAAAAAAGAUGUAUGGACAGAGGAAGAAGACAGGAUUCUGAUAGAGGCUCAUGCAGAAAUCGGCAAUAAAUGGGCAGAAAUGGCGAAAAGGCUGCCUGGGAGGACUGAGAAUUCGAUAAAGAAUCACUGGAACGCGACCAAGAGGAGGCAGCUCUCGCGGCGAAAAUGCAGGCCUACUUCUCUUCUGCAAAACUACAUCAAAAGCCUUAGCCUUGAGAAAGGGAGCAGAUCAUUAAGGAAUACUACUGCACCUCAUGAUAUUGAGAUGGAUGAUUUCAGUUUCAUGGAUGAUUUUGGGAUGGACUUGCAUGGACUGAAGGAGGACUUUGAUUUUGCCAUGGGCUAAAGAGAAGAAACCAAUCAUAUC